CAUAACAGCAGCAGCAGCAGCAGCAGGAGCAGCAUCCGCUUAGCAGAGCAGCAAAUGCUUCGGCAGCAAAAGCAGUAAAGCUCGCCGCCGCUACUACGUUACGUGCCUAUGAGUGGGCGAGUUUGUGUACAUGUCUGGACAUGUAUUUGACAGCCUUUCCCUUUUGGCCAUUGGUAUGCUUCGUGUGGCUCUGUCUCGGUCUAGGCGACUUGACGAAACUUGCUGUGAAACGUAACGCGCCCCAUUAUGGAAUACACCCGACAAACGCACUGGGUCGUUGGGAUUGGAAUAAGCACAAGCAGCUGCACUCGGAUGCCAGGAUCGGGCAUUUAGAGGCGGGCAACGAGUCGCGGGAGGACCAGCUGUCGGAGGAGUUGGGCAAGUUCGGCGAGAAGCUCUUUCCCGUCUCCAACUAUCCGCCCUAUCAGCAGAAUAGCGAGGAUAGCCAGGAGGUGCAUCACAGUGGCGAGGGUAGAUUGCAUACAAUGGAAUCGUCAGUGCCAUCCAAGACAAGAGUACCCGGUGGCACCAACGGGAUUGAUACACCCAAGUUCCGGAACAUUGGCGCCCAGCGGGGCCGAACCGAAAUAGCCGGCAUACGCGAGGCUGAUCGAAUCAGUUCACGUGGUCGAGAUGGUUUUAUUGGUGGGCCCAGCAACAAACAGAAGCCCUUUAGAGUCAAUCUGGCCGUUCUCGUGCAGGAUGAUCCCAGUCAACCGGGUGAGACGUACUCCAAUUGCCAGAACUCAAAUGAAUCCGAUGAGAACUGCAAUCCCGAGGAGGAUGCAGUGCCGAAUUUGCAAAGGGAUUGCGAGAAGACCGGGCUACAUGUGAUGUGCCCCCGAACCUUUCGAUGCAUUAGCAAGUAUUGGCUCUGCGAUGGCGAUGAUGACUGCGGUGAUUACUCGGAUGAGACGCACUGCGGCGCCAGGACGAAUUGUACAGAGGAUCAGUUCGAGUGUCUCAAUGGAUUCUGCAUUCCACGAACGUGGGUCUGCGACGGUGAGAACGAUUGCAAGGACUUCUCCGACGAGACCCACUGCAAUCGCACCACCUGCACGGAUGAGCACUUCACCUGCAACGAUGGCUACUGCAUCUCCCUGGCCUUCCGCUGCGAUGGUGAGCACGAUUGCAAUGACAACUCGGAUGAGCUCAAGUGCGCGGCGGUCAUAAACAGCUGUCCGGAGGGCGAGUUCAAGUGCCGCGGCGGAUUGGGUGGUGCUGGUGGGCCCAGUGGCCAGUGUAUACUCAAUCGCUUCCGUUGCGAUGGCGACAACGACUGCGGCGACUGGAGUGACGAGGAGAAUUGCCCCCAGAAACCAUCACUAUGUACCUCGAACGAAUACAAGUGUGCCGAUGGCACCUGCAUCCCGAAGCGCUGGAAGUGUGACAAGGAGCAGGAUUGCGACGGCGGAGAAGACGAGAACGAUUGCGGGAGUGUGGGCUCGGAGCAUCCAUUGACCUGCGGAUCCGAUGAGUUCACCUGCAACAAUGGUCGCUGUAUUCUGAAAACUUGGCUCUGCGACGGCUAUCCAGAUUGCGCUGCUGGAGAGGAUGAGGUUGAGUGCCACCUACAAUGCGACCUGGGACAAUUUUUAUGCCCAACCAAACAAAACCUAACAAAUCUUAAGAUAUGUGUUCAUCAGAAGCACAUUUGCGACGGCCACAACGAAUGCCCCGCCGGCGAGGAUGAGGCCGACUGUCCCAAGGAGCGCAAGUGCUCGGAACCGAGUCCUUGCGAGCAACUCUGCAUUGAAACCACUGCAGGAUUGAACGAGUGUGCCUGUCGACUUGGUUAUGUCAUGGACAAAAACAAAGUCAACUGCACGGAUAUAGAUGAAUGCCAGUACCUGACCAGUCCGGUUUGCUCACAAAAAUGCCACAACACUAUGGGUUCCUUUAAGUGCUCCUGCGAAACGGGCUACAUACUUCGUCCAGAUCUGAGAUCCUGCAAAGCACUGGGUGGUGCGAUGACCCUGCUGGUGGCCAACCGCUGGGACAUACGACGGGUGACAUUGAGUAAUAACCGGUACACGGCGAUUGUGAAGGGACUCCACAAUGCGAUCGCACUGGACUUCCACCAUCGCAAGGGCCUGAUGUUCUGGUCCGACGUGUCCACCGAUGUCAUCAAGAUGGUGUAUAUGAAUGGGACGCGAGUUCGAGACGUCAUCAAAUGGGGUCUGGAGUCGCCGGGUGGCAUAGCAGUCGACUGGAUACACGACCUGCUAUUCUGGACGGAUUCGGGCACGAGGCGUGUGGAGGUCUCCAAUUUCCAGGGUAACCUGCGCACCGUCAUCGCCUCCUAUGAUCUGGACAAGCCCCGGGCUAUUGUUGUGCAUCCGGGAGAGGCGUUGGCCUUCUGGAGUGACUGGGGACCGAAUCCGAAGAUAGAGCGCGCCUACAUGGAUGGAACACAGCGAAAAGUAAUCAUAUCAAAGGGUGUGACCUGGCCAAAUGGUUUGGCAAUUGACUUCCCCAACAGCAAGCUCUACUGGGCAGAUGCCAAACAGCAUGCCAUCGAAUGCUCCAACUUGGAUGGCAGUGAUCGGAACAAGAUCCUCAGCACCCACUUGCCACAUCCGUUUGCCCUCACUCUCUUCGAGGACACCAUGUACUGGACGGACUGGAAUACAAAGACUGUGUCGGCGGCGGACAAGAUAACAGGCAAGGAGUUCAGAGCGGUCCAUGAGAAUUUCCAUUUCCCAAUGGACAUCCAUGCCUAUCAUCCGGCUCGACAGCCGGAGUACGCUGAUCGCUGUCAAAAGGAUCGGCGGGGUUUGCGUGGCGGGUGUUCCCAUCUCUGUUUGCCCAACCAGACAUCGCGACGAUGCGGAUGUCCCAUUGGGCUUUCGCUGAAGGAGGAUGGCAAGACCUGUAAGAGUACGGCCGAUAAACUGGUGCUGGUGGCGCGACGCAAGGACAUACGCUUGAGGCAUCUGAGGGACAAUCAAGCGGAUCCCAACGAUGUUGACAUGAUUGUUCCCCUGGAUAACCUGAAGCAUGCUGUCGCACUGGAUUGGUGCAGCGACACGGACUUCAUCUAUUGGACAGACGUGGAGCGCAGCACCAUCAAUAAGGCGCAUCUCAAUGGAAGCUACCAGCAGCGAGUGGUGCACUCGAAUCUGGUUUCGCCAGUGGGUCUGGCACUCGACUGGAUAACCGAUAAACUGUAUUGGACAGAUCCGUCGACGAAUCGCAUUGAGGUCGCCACCACGAAUGGAAAGAUGCGCACCUUGCUCAUAUGGGAGAAGCUAUACAAGCCACGGGAUAUCGUUGUAAACCCGAUUGAGGGCUUCAUGUUUUGGUCGGAUUGGGGUGAUGAUCCUAUGAUUGAACGUGCCAAUAUGGAUGGACAUGAGCGCGUCACCAUCACAUCGAAGAAAUUGAUUUAUCCCAAUGGCCUGGCGAUUGAUUACGAGAAAAGCAAGAUCUACUUCGUUGAUGGUGGCACAAAGACGUUGGAGAACAUGAAUUUUGAUGGCAGCGGACGCCAAGUUAUUCUAAAUGGACUUGGCCAUCCCUUCGGCUUGGAUGUGAACGAGGGCCGUGUGUUUUGGACCGAUUGGGAUACCAAGUCGGUGAUGAGCGCCAAUAAGCUGACAGGCAAGGACACCAAUGUCAUCAUCGCCAAUAGCACGGACCUGAUGGACAUCCGGGUGUUCCAUCGCACUCGCAGGCGCAUCUUCAACGCGUGCGACAAGCUGAAUGGAGGUUGCUCGCACCUGUGCCUCCUGAAUCCCACCAGUUACACCUGUGCCUGCACCGUGGGAGUUCAGCUGAAGGAGGAUAGGCACACAUGCUCCGAAGGACCCACGCAGUACAUACUGUUCGCUCACAGAAUCGAUAUAAGGCAAAUAUCAUUGGAUUUCGAUCACCUGAUCGAUGUGGUGCUUCCCCUGCCGCCGAUCUCGAAUGCGGUGGCUCUGGAUGUCGACCGGAAGACGGGCUACAUCUAUUGGUCGGACACCAUUGAGAACGUGAUCAUGAGCUCGAGUCCAGAUGGCCUGCACGUCCAGAAGAUCGUUGGCGAUAGCCUGGAGAAUCCCGAUGGUCUGGUCGUCGAUUCGAUUGGCCGUACUAUUUAUUGGGCCGAUGCCGGUCGCCACACCAUCGAAGUGGCCAGUCUGGAUGGUAGCAAUCGGCAUGUGAUUGCCUACAAGGAUCUGGAGUCGCCGCGUGGCUUGGCGUUGGAUUACGAGGCUGGCCUCUUGUUCUGGACCGACUGGGGACACUAUCGCAAGAUUGAGAGAUCCCAUUUGGAUGGCAACGAGAGGUCACGCAUUGUGACCGCCAAUCUUGGAUGGCCCAAUGGUCUGUCCCUCGAUUUGAAGAGCAAGCGAAUCUACUGGGUCGAUGCCCGCCUGAAGACCAUUGACUCUUGCGAUUAUACCGGAAAUCAGCGCAAGUUGAUCAUGUCAUCGCUGCACCAUCCGUACGCUCUAGCUCUGUCGGAUGAUAAUAUUUACUGGACGGACUGGAAGUCGAAGGCGUUGCACAUGACGGAGAGACGCAACAUCAGUGCAAAGCGGGAUAUUAUCACCAACAUCGAUGGGCUGAUGGACAUCAAGAUCAUCUAUCAGAACCAGAAUCAAUCAACGAUGAAAAAUGUCUGUGGCAACAACAAUGGCAACUGUUCCCAUCUAUGUCUACGCAAUCCAUCUGGAUAUUCAUGUCAAUGCCCCAUUGGAUUGCGAUUGCGCCAGAAUAGCACAACCCAGUGUCAAAAUCUACCAGAGGACUAUCUUCUUAUCGCUUUGCGUUCGGGAAUUGGCAUGAUUUCGUUGAAUUCCGGAGAUUUUAUGGACGUCGUUUUGCCCAUAAACGGAGUGCAUGGAGCAGUCGUACUCGAUUACCAUUACCGAAAGAACCUACUCUUCUUUGCGGACGUUAAUUUGGAUGUCAUUCGUAGAGUUAACCUGUUGAACUUAACCGAGAGCAAGGUGAUUGUCGGUACGGAUGUGCUCACACCCAACGGAAUAGCCGUCGACUGGAUUGCGGAUAAUCUGUAUUGGUCCGAUACUGAUCGCAAACUAAUCGAAGUAUCUCGACUUGAUGGGAGCUGUCGCAAGAGGAUCGUCGAGGAUAACUUGGGUGACCCACGCUCACUAAUUGUGCAUCCAAAGAAAGCUUACCUGUUUUGGUCGGAUUGGAGCUCGCCUGCGAAAAUCGAACGCAGCUACUUGGAUGGCUCAAAUCGCACGGUGAUUAUAACAUCCGGAAUCGGCUUCCCAACAGGGCUCACCAUUGAUUUCACCAAUCGCCGAUUGCUUUGGGCCGACGCCUUGGAGGACAACAUCGGUCAGGUUGAUUUCAAUGGCAAACGUCGUCAGACCAUUGUUCCUUAUGCACCGCAUCCUUUUGGUCUGACUUUGUUUGAAAACAGUAUAUUCUGGACGGACUGGUACAACAAGUCGGUGUAUCGGUCGCAGAAGCUGCCGCGUAGUGGAUAUGGCAAUCCGUUUGAGGUGCGCGAUGCCCUAAGUGGCGCACUGGAUAUACGCGCUGUAUCGCUGAACCGUCAGCCCAAAAGUGUGAAUCACUGCGCCCAGGAUAAUGGAGGCUGUACGCAUCUCUGUCUCAAUCGCAAUGUGGACUACGUGUGUGCCUGUCCGGAUGUGAUGGAUCCCAAAGAUGUGGCAUGCUCCAUCAAGCCGAAAGUGUUGGUGCACGCCAAUUUGGAGAACGAUCAAUUGCUGGAAUAUUCCGACGAAUCCACCGAUGAUUCCACACCGCCUGAGCUACUGGGCGAGUCCAAUAACAAUGGUGAUGAUGGCCAUACAAAGAAGAGCGAUCAGGAAAGGGAGUUCUUUGUGCUCGUGGCGCUGGGCGUGGUCAUUGUUAUGGUGGUCAUCAUAAUACUUGUUAUUUUCAUGCUUGCUUUCAACACGAGCAAGAAGAAAAACAAACGCAAUUCCCGCGGCUCCAGUAGAUCUGUACUAACCUUCUCAAAUCCAAACUACAACGUUGAUGGCACGCCGAUGGAACCAAAGACGAAUAUAUGGAAGCGUUUUAAGUACGAUAAAACCCAUCAGGAACGAGCCGGGGUCUACGAAGAGCGGAGUCUCACCACGGAGACGGCUUCCUCGAGCCUCUUUGUCCCGACUCCAUCUCCGAUGGCGUCGCCCUCAACAAAAACAAUCCAACUGACAACGCUCUCGACUAUCACAUAGCUGGCAUAAAUAGUAAAUAGUAGUAAAUGGCCCACAAAGGGGAUUCUCUGAAACCAUUUACCGAUUCAUGCCAUUAUCGUGAUUGAUUUGAUUGUAAAUGUGAAAAAGAAAACUGUUUUUAAUUUGCUCUUGAAACCCCAGUAGAAAAUUCUGUAAUUUUUUUGUGUUUUUUUUUUGUGAAAGUGCAAACGUGUCCUGUUAAAGCUCAAAACAAGGGGGUUUUAAGAUAAUACAAAAUGAAUAUAUUAUAUAUGUAAUAUGAUAUAUUAUUCAAUUAUGUAAUCAGUAAAUUAUUUUCCUAUUUUGUAAUAAUAAGUAAUAACUAUUAAGUAAUUCGGGUGCUUCAACUUUGAAACAAAAGAAUAUCCUACUGUUGGGCGCGUUUUUUGUUUGCUGAUCACGAAAUCGAUAUUGAAAAUUGAAAUAACCAUAACAUGGUUUACGUUUAUGUCUGAUUGCCAAUGAUAAAAUCAUUGUCAAGUCCAAUCAUAAACAACAUAGUGUAAGCGGAAGUUCUUCAGUGAUUUCCGUUUCCGCGUCGCGAUAAAGUGCAAAUGUCGAAAAACUUCUAGUUCUCUUAUUUUAUACAUGUAUGUGCUAGACUGUUGAUUUAAGUCUGUAUGCAAAAUUGUAAUGUAUGCAAACGUAAUUAAACGAAGAGGUGUUAACAACAAUUUCCAGAGCCCACGGAAUACAAACAUCGUUUGGUUCCCAUGGUUCACAUAAAUGUUAUUAAACGGGUUUUGGUUUUAAGACAUGUUUUUUCAAAAUACGAAAAUCGCGAACUUAAUUCCAUUCAGGGAUUCGGCAAAAUAUCUGGUAACUUAAGUUUUCUAUCCGUGUUUGUAAAUAUAUUUUUUGCUUGCAGAUGUAUAAACUAUUAAAUACACAAAUAAGCAUUCUUUUAUUUGCUCAACCAUUUCGGGGCAACAUGAUUUACGUCAUAUCUUUUUCACUAAUUUAUGAAUUUCCUAUGUUCUUGGCAUUUUUACGCUGAAUCGAGAGGGUAUCAUAAUUUUGGCCAGAAUAGAUUGUAAUUUUUGUAAAGGUACUAAAAGAGUUAAAGGUUUCGUGUUUUUAGCGAGAAUGCAAAAUGUAAGGAAAUGUUUAC